GUUAUUAUUUUGUCAACAAACACGCAAACCUGCAAAUUUUUAUGGACAAAACUAAAUACGAAAGGAAACCUCAUCACGGUCAUUUGUAUAGACACUGUGCGUCUAUAUAGCAAAAGAUCUGGCAAAAAAAAUAUAAAAUAAAAGAAGUAUUCCAUAAAAGAAAAAAAUUAAUCACAUGUGUGCAUAAUGUGCAAAAAAUACAAAAUUGUUUUCGAAUAUUAUCCAGCAUAAGUUAAAGCAGUGCCAAUUGGUAGCACUCAGUAGUGUUUAUUGCAAACUAACAAUAUUUCGAUUGACAAGUCUCAUGCUGUAUUCGGACCGGAGAGCGAGUACGCUGAGUGUGAGAAUUAAAAGCCCUGUAAAAUGCUUAGAACGUUUCCCUAACAAUAACUAACUCCAGACGAUUGCACUCGCAUCGGCCGGCUAUAAGCGGCACUUCCCAAACGCCAUUUGAUUGAUCUUUUUUUCGCUUGCUUUGGCCGUUAGUUAUUAGUGCGACCCCUAGAGACUGGCAGCGGGCAGAAACAUAACCGCUGCGACUCAUCGUAAUUCAGUAUCAACUCUACGUUGAACUAGUGCGGACGUUAAAGUCUAAUUUCACACAAUCUGAAUUUUUGCUAGUUUUGUCAGUGCGGACAACUGAGUAGUGUAAAAUUUUCAAAGGUAUUGUGCAAAACAUUUCAAUUAGUUUGCAACUUUUUUGAAUGCAAAAAUUUUUUGUUUUUGUUGUUAUUAAAAACUUAUUUGAUUUUAUAUUAUGUUUGUAAACUCUUAUCGUCAACAUGCUUGGGGUUUAUCAAUAUAAAACUAUCAACUUUUGCACAAACAACAAGGUGAUGAAAUAUUGCCAAUAAGUUCCGCGCAAAUGUGUAUUUUUAUAGAGACUAAAUACAAAACUUUAGUGUGAUUUUUUGUGUCCAAAAAGUGUGAAAAGAAGUUACUUAGUAAAGAAAAAGUAUUGUGAAAAAUUAAGAGAGUUCCUAAUUCUCAGCAAACUGAAAACCAUAUACCAUCAUUCAGAUAAUUUGUGCUAAAUUUGGUUUUGAGAUUAAAUACCGUUACAAGUUUUAGCAAUUAUCCUUUUGAAAUUUCAAUAUGUGUUUUAUACUCCAACUACUAAAGGCAAGACAAGGCAAUAUAAGCGUUACCAAAUAAACUUUUUUUGUAAGAAAAAAAAACCAAACGAAAACUCUUGUAUAAAAUGGCAUUAAACGCUGAGGAUAUUGCUGAAAUCAAGAAGACCUGGGCCAUACCAGUUGCUACACCAACUGAUUCCGGUGCGGCGAUUUUGAUCAGAUUCUUCACAAAAUAUCCGUCCAAUUUGGAGAAAUUCCCAUUCCGAGAUGUGCCAAUAGCGGAAUUGCAUAACAGCGCACGUUUCCGUGCACACUGCGGUCGCAUUAUCAAGACUUUCGAUCAGUCAAUCAGCCAGCUGGAGGAAGAUGGUGGUCUGCAAAAGAUUCAAGAAAUCUGGCAGGAAGUUGCUAGAUCGCACGUGCAACGUCAUAACAUUGCCAAGUCAUCAUACUUUGAACUGCGCGAAGCCAUUGUGGAGGUGUUGAGCGAAGCGUGUAAUUUGAACGAGCGUCAAGCGCAAGCCUGGAACAAAUUGCUUGACAUUGUCUACGACAUCAUCUUCAAGAAGUACGAUGACUUGGGCGCCCAAUAAUGGUGGAAUCACGGGCAGGCGUCAGAGUGCUGAAGUUAUACACAAACACACACACGUACACAAUCGCUAACAUGAGUGCCAGCUAGAAUGCAUGCAAAACCAAUACAACAACAACGUUUCACAUACUUUGUGAAAUAACGCCAAACACACACCCACACACAUUUAGGGAAUAUCAAUAUUGACGCUUUAACCUGCGCUUUAAUUUGCGCUACAAAAAUCUUUUAUUGUGACCGCAAAGAAAAGAAAACCAAAAAAUUAGAACAAAAAUAAACCGAAAACGAAAACGAAAACUAAAUGAUAAUGUCUUCAAACAUAUCUAAGAAUUGAAAAAAAUUAAAAUUUAAACAAAAUAUUGGUAUGUAACUGUAAUAACCCGCUAUCGCUAGUGUUAGCCAUAACGCCUUUUCACCGACGCUGCGACCCAACUAAAGGCUGCAAGCUGCUGGUGGUGCUUUCUUGUCUUGUUUUGUUUUUGUGUACAUUUUUGGUGGUUGUUGUUGUUAUAUAAAUAUCUAAACGCAGUGUUGUUGUUAAUGUUGCAUUUGUACAUCCACCCAUUAGUCCCUGCAAUGCUUUGCAAACACAUGCCCAUAUACACUCAUCCACACAUAGGUAUAACUAAACCGAACAAAAACAAAAACAAAAGCCCUCAAAUGUACAUUGUACUCUUAAUCUUUUCGUUUACCUCCAAAUAAGAUGUAAAGAGUUAAAAUAAAGUAAAUUUAUAAUAAUUUUUUUGCUAAUGGUUUCUAAACUUUGUAACUUUGUGAAUAAUGUAAAAUAUAAGAAAAUAAAGAAUAGUAAAAAUAAAACAUAAUAUAAAAUAUAAAA